CAGACCAAGGCAGGUGACCUGAUCAGUGUUCAUUACAAGGGUACUUUGGACGAUGGCACUGUAUUUGACUCUUCGUACGACAGAGGCUCUCCAAUCAACUUCAAGUUGGGUGUUGGCCAGGUAAUCAAGGGCUGGGACGAAGGUUUGACGAGAAUGUGCAUUGGGGAAAUCAGAAAGUUGGUGAUUCCUUCUGACUUGGCUUACGGAGAAAGAGGCAUUGGUCCAAUUCCUCCAAGGGCAACUUUGACUUUCAUUGCCGAAUUGGUUGACAUUGCCGGCGCACCAAAGGUUGAG